UGAGAGUCUCGUACUCAGUUAAGCGUAAAAUAAAAUCAUUUUAUCACUUCAGAUUCUCCUGCUCAACACAUUACACUUGAGCAAUAAGAAGCAUGGAGAAAGUAUACAUGAACAGAGAGAUGGGAGACGGCUUACUACUGCUGAGGACUUAUAUGGAUACCAUUCAGUCUACCAAAGACCCUGAUACUAAGUCACAGCCGGAAAACUCUUUUGCCGAACGUCUUCUACAAGAGCAUCGUUGCAAGAAACACUCAGAAGUCCAGUCUUCCGACUUCGCUGUAGACAACUACGACGCCGCGGUAAGGGGGCACGAUGCAGUUGAGAUCCAGUGGAGUCCACCGUACGGACGUUAUCUCGUGGCAGCUCGGGACAUCGAUGCAGGGGAAGUUAUUCUACGGGAGAAACCUUUGCUCAUAGUCCCCAGGAUAAAUUCAGAACCCACUUGCCUGGCGUGCAUGAAACCACUAGGAAAAGACUGGGAGGGUUGUAAUCUCUGUGGUGGUCCUCUGUGUUCACCUCAUUGUGCUGGAACUUAUCAUGGAAAAAAGGAGUGUAUCCUUAUCUGCCGCAUUGGCAUUAAAAAUUCUCAAAACAUUGAAAGUUGUAUCAAGCAACUGAAUAUUUUGCUAGGACCUCUAAGAGUUCUUCUAAUGUUUCAGGAAUCUCCUGAAACAACAGAAUUAUUUUUUGCAUUGCAGAGUCAUGAAAAAGAAAGACGUAAAAUGCAUAUUAGUAGAUUUGUUGAAGAACAUGUAGUGAGAGCAAUGGAGACCCUCUUGGGACUUGAGGUAGACUCUGGAGUUGUUCAUCGCGUGUGUGGUGUAUUGGACACAAAUGCUUUCGAACUUAGUCUCGACCAGUGUCGGCAAGGACGGGCUAUAUUUAUAUUAUCGUCAAUGAUGAAUCAUUCUUGCCUGUCUAACGCCCAGCGUUGGUAUUCAGAGGGAAAUAUGGUUGUGCGUGCCUCUGUAGACAUUUCCAAGGGUACCCCAUUAUUUAUUAGCUACACACAAUCUCUUUGGGGUACUCGUGCACGCCGUGCACACUUAUCUGUAAGUAAAAUGUUCCUUUGUAAAUGUAAACGCUGUUUAGAUUCUACAGAACUGGGUUCCCACAUGAGUUCUAUCCCGUGUAGGGAAUGCCAAGGCUUAGUUGUACCACCUGAUGACUCCUGUAGUUAUUGGACGUGUACUUUAUGCGGAAAGAGAAUAGAUGCGAACGCCACUGAGUCACUGGUGAGAGCUGGUGCUAUUGCUAUGAAUCACCUACCCAAAGAUGACACUGCAGGCGCCACCCUAAUACUGGAGCACCUCAAGAGACAGUUAGGUGACAACCACUACAUUGUGGCUCAGAUCAAAUAUGCAGUUGUACAGGCCAUCAUAAAUCGUCCCUUAAAGGAUGUAACCUCGAGAGACCUUACUAGAGUGGUGACUCUUACCAAGGAGCUGAUCACACUUGCCACGAUCAUUGAACCUGGAAUCACACGGUUCAGAGGACUACUGCUACUAGAGCAAACAAGAGCGUGGAGCGAGAUACUUCAACGCUGCCUGGAAGCAGCUCCUGCUGACGGAGGGAGAUCUCUUGUUGCUGGUGAAGGGAGAUGCGUUGAUGCUGACGAAGGCCCUAAUACAAGUGAUGACAUUAAUCACAAUGAUGAAUUGGUGCAUCACUCAAACAAUAUUCCAUCAGUUCAGAUGCUGUUGUCGCAGGUGGCAGAGUGCGAAUACUUGCUGCAGUAUGAUCCACGUCUCCCCGAGGUCACCCAGCUCGCCCACAACCUCCGGCUUCUCCUUAAAUCCCCAGCUGUCGUUCAACAAAAUCUUGAAGGCGCCGCCUCUAAACGUCAGGGGUAAAAACAUGUAACCAGGAUAAUUUUGAUUAAGCUUUCGAGAAAUGCAUCAUGAAAUGUCUUGGGUUGGUGAUGGUGUUUUGUUUCUCAGGAAAGGCAAGUGUCUCCGUGCAACUGUCUUGCAUAAUGAUCUGUCAAGUACUUAAGCAACCACUUGCCUGUGUGAGUUAAGUUUACACUCUAUUUAAAAACAACAACAACGAAUCAUUAUAUAUCAAAUUUCUAACAUGUUUCCAGAGAAUGAGAAUUGAAGCUCUAUCUGAUGGGUACUCAUUAUAUAAUACAUUCUUUUUUAAUAGGCUAUAACGACGUUGAAGAGAAUGAAGAGUUGAAGGAUUGAGAUAGAACAGAACAGCGACGAAGAUUGAGGGUUGCCAUAGAAAGUGGUAAGGAAAGCUAAGUGCUCUGAGCACAGUGACUGUGCUUUAAAAAUGGUGGACAUUGUCACAGUGACGAGAGUAGUAUAUUUAUGUAACAUGUUACUUUAUACAAUAUACCAUUUUCUGAAAUUUGCUCAACUUUUACGAUGUCUACUUUUCUACAUGCUUUUUUUGUUA